AUGAGAAGAGCCGGCUUCAAUGGUCCCAUAUCAGCAGUGGUUCAGGAGCUCAGGGAGUCUGAAUUCAAGGAUGAUUCGUUUAACUUUGAAGAGAAAUCUGUACUAGGAGGAGGGAUGUUCGAUAAGAAAAGUAAGGAUAAUAUUGUAUUAGUUGAUCUUGAUGUUUAGGUACGAAACAGGACUACUUCUAUAUUUACAACGACAAUCAUCUGAUGGUGUACCAGAAGGGUGGGGCAGCCAGUCAGUCGCUUGUUGUCCUUAACUAUUACUUUAAUGACACAGCUGCAGUUCAGUCAGCGGUUUACUUCAGAGCUGAUGGUAUGUUUUGCUCUAUAAUUUGAUUUUUAGUUGAUAUUAUGUUGUAAAACUUGGCGAGACUGUUAACAAAAGUAUAUUAUUGCAGAAUCCAUGGAAGGAGUGCUGGUAGCUGUUCGAGAUUUGGCCCUGGAUGCCAAUUACGUGUCAUUUAUAUCGUUUGAAACCAAAAAACAGCACAAGGCUUGUCUCUUCAAUGCCAAGAUAUCUCACGUUCAAGUGUGUGUGGAUGGAGUGAGUAUGAAAACAGCUACAGGCUUGAGUGCCGGAUUGGGCAAAUAUCCUCAUGUGCUUGUAGUUGGCGGAGAAGACACAUACGCUGCUAUAUUCCACAUGGGACUAAUACCAAAGGAGCCUUGUGAAGAUAAUGCUAAACUGCCAAACAAGUGCAUCAUGUUAAUGAGUAAGGCUUUGUUCUAUGUUAUUUAUAAUGUUUCUUGAUUAUAUUAAAUAUUUUUGGAUUUUAAAACAAUCUUUUUAAUUUAUUUUGGCCGUUUAACAUGACUAACAUUAUAUUUCUGAUAGAUAACAUAAUAUUAUUUAAUUUUUUGGUUGAUAUAAUAAUAUUUUUAGAACCAGAUGAAAAUGGGGACAUUGAAUACAACACGGAACUGAAACAAGGCACUUUUAAGAAAGGUAGGGUUGUAUUUUUAUUAUUUAUUUUUAAAUUUAGAAGCCGUUGAAGUAACAUCGUUGUGUUAUGUCGAAGAACGUCGAGUAGUAGCUGUAGGACUUUCGAAUGGUAUUGUAUCUCUGUCAUCUUUAAAGUCAGGGCUUGUGUAAGUUGUUUUUUGGAUUGCAACGUUUUUUGAGUAUGAUUUUACAUUAUGUUAUGUGGUAGUAGGUCAUCAUACGCUACAUAUUUAUAGUAUGGGAACUAUGCUAAUAGUUAUAACAAUUUUUACUCUUAAUUUUAACUUUUUGCAAAUUUUAGAGGCUAUGUCUACAUUGGCCGAUCUUUCGAAGUCUUGGACAUUACCUGGCAGAACUCGAUCGACGACAGCGACAAGUGCAUCUUCAUGUGGAUGUACAUUCGUCGUAUCUAUGAUAAUCAGCAUAUAUUGUGUUUGUUCAGUAACUCUGGCGCUGUUGGUAACAGCGAGAUCUCAUGGGUUAGAAGGUUCCACUAUAUUAUCAAGGAUUGUCAGGAAAUGCUGGUAAUGAAGUCGAUACCUCUGAAUAAGGAACAAGCAGCAGCGAUUGGGCUGACUGACAACACGGAAGUCGAAGAUACGAUGAACACUACUGUAAGUAGUCCGGAAUGGUACACGGCUAACAUGAUGUUCAUGUACGUGGAAAGUAUCAAUGGGACAAGGACCUUGAGGGUGAGUUUAGGGAUAUUGUAGUAGUUUACGACUGAUUUUUGAUUUAUUUUACAUAAAAUUUUAACUAAAAAUAUACUUUUUGGGUCGGUAUUGGAUUUUUAAGAGUUUAGGUACAAGAAGGCUAAAUAAAUUUAAACAAUAUGAUUUUAGGGCUCAGUGUUUGACCUAGAUGCAUAUUACACCAAGCGGAUGCCAGGAGAGCCGGUGCCAGAUCGAACUCCAGCUAGACAAUGUGGAUUCCUCUCUUUCUUUAAGGCUCCAGAAGGCAUCUCAUUCAAGCCAAGCGACGUUUUAGAUGUUAAUGUUGUUGAUAUCAGCAGGUUCAAGAGACCUGCUUCAGUCGAAGAACAUGUUGAUCAACUGUUCUAUCCAUCCUCACUUAACUUUACUGUAGAUAUACUAACCACAACUAAAAUAACCCAAAUGGAAGUACUGUGUAUUCAGGAUCAGGUAGGGUUUUUAGCAUGAAUAAUUGAUUUUUGAGCUUUUUGUUAUAUUGUAGUAGGUGUUAAGUAAGCUUAGAAAUAUGUUUUAGGCGAUCAAUCAGAUUGAGAAGAACAUUGUGGAGUACUUUGAAGAUCCAUCUCACGCUUCCUCUUUCUUGUUUUCUUUAGGCCUAACCAAUUCGCUGCCAGAUGAAAAUGAUGUUGUUAUGAGGAGCUGCGUCUUCCGUAUUUUACUGAACAAUAACUUUUUGGGACUACUGAGAGUAGUGACAGACCCAAACCUACCUAGAGACAUAUUGGUAUUCAUCGACAAAUGGCUGUUCAAAGAGUUGGAAGCGUGCAAGGCUAGGCUGGAGAGUGAAAGUAAGAUAAUUUAGUUUUUUAAUUUAAGAGUAUAUUGGUAUAGUUGGAGUGAUUUUUUUUGUCUUUUAAAGCAAUUUUAACAUAUUUUGAUUUUCAGACACUAUGAUGAUAUCUGAACCACUGAGGAAUGUCCCAAAGGCUACGUUUGAGUAUCUGACUCAUUCUCAAUCAGUCUUCAGAAGGUCGGCUAAAGUCUUCACCGAAUUGGCCAAGCGAUUUGAGGAAUUGAACAUGGGUGAAAGUAAGCUUUUCUGUUAAAAUUUAGUUUUUGACACUGGUUUAUAAUCUUUUGCUACUUUUAGGUAUAACUUUAAAAUUUUUUUUGCUUGUUUUUGUAUCUAAACUCUAUUUUUAGGUGCCUUAACUCGAGUGAAAGCCCACGCCAAAGUAGCAGCAGACUUUGUACUAGUCGCUUCUGGCUAUAUCUUUGGUCUUCACAACGAUCUUCUGCGACAAACGGAAGAGAAUGUAGAGAUCAUGAACAAGUUGAAGCUCGAGUUUGCCAAAAGAUCUAAUAUGGCCAGACAUUUGAACUCUAAACUCGAAAUCCACCAGAUCUUCGAAGAGAUUCUGGACGCCAACCAAGAUGAACUAGAAGAAGCUCUGGGAAUCGAGGUGGCUUCCGAACUCUAUCCUCCAGAAUGCUACUUGAACUUCAUGGCCGUGCUACCAUUGUUCAACAUUUCGGAAGCGGCCAAACUGUCUGUGAUCGGAUAUCUGGCCAAAGACUUGGACUUGGUGGAUGUACAUUCAGAUUGGAACUACUUUGACAGAGCCUGUUCCUACUUCUUGAACGACAACUUGAGCUCGGACAAAAUGAAGCAGAUGAGCGACGUCUGGUCAUCAGACUACAAGUUGUUGACCAUUGGAAAGUUGGCCGAAAGCUCAGAAAUGCACGCUUUGAAGGUGGUUUCAGAAGAGGAGGAGACCGUGGAGGAAAAGGAUUUGUGCUUCAUGCCUUGUGAGACAGAGGAGGAGAAGAUCAAGCUCCUGGAAUUGUACUCACAAUUACCUCAUGGUAUACAUAAAUACAACAAGGACAUGAUCAGUCGGAAGAGAUACGAAAUGAUUGUGGAGGUAAGGGUUGAGAGUCUUUUGUGUUUUAGUGAAUUAUUAUUGAUAUUGGGGUAGUCAGGGCAGAAUAAGUUGAGUUUGGCGUUUUUAAUAUAAAAUGGAAUUUAUAUAUCUAUACUUACAUUUUUAUUGGAAGCGCGUCUUAAUGAUAAAGUUUAAAUUUUGAUGUUUCAGCCUCCAGUUCAAGUCGAAGAAGACGAACCAGAAUUUGUGAAAGAGACCCGACUGAACAUCCUCAAGAUCAAGAAAGACUUUCCAUUUGCUUUUGCCAAAAACUCAUUUCCACCAGAAAUAUUGGAGAAAUGUCGCAAGAAUCGUAUGUUAUUUUAAUAUUAUUUGACGUUAACUUGAGAAAAUUUUGAAUUUUUACUUGAUUUAUAGGUUUGUACCUAAAAUUUUAUUAUCAAAUUCUUGUGUUAUCGACCUAUUUUGGGUAUUAAUUAUGAGUAGAUGCACGUUUUGUUACGUUUUUUACUGUAAAAUAAAAUUUUUAGGUAAUGCUGUUCCGAAAAUGGUCUUAACUAACAGUGGAGGACCACAAGUGAUUGAAAUGUCUACAAAUAAAGGACUAUCUGGUCGUAUUUUACAUCAAAACGAUGAUCUGGACAUGCUGAUAGAUGAAGCAAAGGUCCCUCAGAAGUUCCCAACGGAUGAAAUGGACGAGAAGAAGGAGAAUAUGAAUGCUUUCACCCCACCUUCUAAGCAUUCUUACUUGUUACCUCAGAUCACUCCUCCGUCUUGUCGAAAGACUCCAAUGGCUUCGACUCCAGUCAUGGUGAGAACGGCCACAGGGGCUACACCGGUCAGAGACAGAGAAGGUGUUAUGUUGACUAGUGCUUUGAGGGUAGGUUUUUUGUGGUAUUUAUGUUUAAAGGGCUUUUUAGGCAUUAAUAUUGAUAUUGGGGUGGGUCAUUUGAACCUAGACUACUGUAAUUUGGUUCGAUUAUCUUAUAAAUAUUUUUGUGGCGAAUAAUGGUCUGAUUUAUUGUUGUUUCAGGCUAAAGACAUGGAACGAAUAAAGCGAAUGACGACGCCACUAUCAGUCAGAAAACGGGUAUCAGUGUUCUCAUCAACGACAGUCACCAAGUACCGUAAGACAACAUUUGAAGGUGGAUCCACCCCAACUGCACCAUCUUCAAGUACACCACCAUUCAGCAAAAGAACGCGAGAGAUCAAACCGACAUCAAUAUUGAGAACAGCUGGAUCAGUGAGAAGGACAGCCAUCAGCGAAUCCAAGAUUCAGUUCACGAAGACAAAGAAGAUUCAUCACAUUCCUACUAAUGCUGAAAAGUAAGUUUGAGACAAGGAUUGCCUUAUACUUAAAGUAAAAUAGAUUUAGUAAUGUUUAUGUAAACUUAUGUUUUCAGCCGACGGGUACAAAAUGCGGAUACUUCGUUCACAGAAUUCUCGAAGUUGGACGAUUCCACAGCUUCAGAAAUGUCCCAGAACUCACUACUGGGCGAUGAAAUUGAUCUACAUCAAUCGAUAGACUUUGAAGAGAAUUCUCCGAAUUCAGAAGAUGAUGGGGAAGAUCUGUUCUCUAUCACAAGAACCAUCGAAACUGCACAAGGUGGGUUUCACUAUACCUUUUUUAAAGCUUGCUUUUGGGGUAGUUUAUGGAUCAAAGGGGGUUUAUAUGUUUAAAAAUGUUUUCUAUUGUAAUUGUAGAGUACGUUACCGAGCGAUUUUUUUCGCCGAAAAAAGACGAAGCGAAGGACGAGAAGGCUGAUGAAGCUACAGAGGAAGAAACCCCUGGUACGCCUGAAGCUGCAGAUGAAGAAGCCUGUGGUACAACUGAAGCUUCAGAUGAACAAGCCUUUGGCACGAUUGAUGCUACAGAUGAACAAGGUUCUGGCACGGCUGAAGCUUCAGAAGCCCAAGAAACAUUAGAAACUACAUAUGAAGUAGAUAAAAAAAUGGACACUUCAGCAUCUUCUGAAGAGCCAGAGAGGAUUCCAGCUACUGUUGAAGUUGUUGAUGAAAUGAGUGAUGCAGAAGAACCAGAAGUGUUGUCAACUACAUAUGAUGUCGAUAAUGAUGUUCAAGAAGAAGAUUCUGUUGCGAAUUCAGAAGGCGCGUCUGUGCAGAACGAUGAAAAAACAACAGCUGAAGUAGUUGAAGAACCUGAAAGGCCUUCAGAAACUCCAGAAAAGACGAUAGCUGAAGAUGAAACUACAGUUUUGGAUUCAGAACAAACUUUUGUGAAGCACGAUGAAACAGCUACAAAAGACACUGUGCAACAUGAUGAUCUCCAACUAGCUACUGAUGAGCAAGAACCAUCUGCUAGUGAACCUCCUAAGAAGAGGCGAGGCAGAAAGCCAAAGGAUCCAAACGAGUCGUCAAGUAGUGGUAAUGUUUUUUGAAAUUUUGUUAUUUGAAGUUGAAAAUGUCUUUGAAAAUCGGUUUUUGAAGCUUUUUUGACUAGUAUUUUAUGAAAAAGUACUGUUUAGUAUAAUAUUGAUGAUACAAAGUAUUUUUUAUGGUUUUUGUGUUGUUUUUGGCCAAAUUCAAUAAAAGUUAUUGUGUUAUGAAUGUCAACUUGCAGGGCGCAAAACAACUCCUCGUCCGAAAGCGGCCGCAUUGUCCAGAAGGUCUCCUCGACUUCAGACUCCAGAGCCUUCAGCCGUGAAUGACACUGAUGACAGUUUUAAACCUCGGCGAUCUCCCAGAUUGAAUCGACAGAAAUAA